UCCGAUCACACCCAAUCUGACCCGAACCCGACCGAAAAUCAGAAGAGCCAUCAGCCAAGUGUCCGAUUCUCCCAAGUAAAAAGAAUAAACGAAUUUGCGUUUUGCUUGUUUGCGUUUUUAACAAUCAGACCUCCAACCUUGUUCUUUGUCUUUCUCCCUGCGAAUUCUUCUCUCACUCUGAAAUUCAAAUAUUAUUUCUCAUUUUCUCAGGAUCUGCCACCUACAGUAAAAGAAGGGAUGUUUCGCCAUCGUGUAGCUGGUUUACACAAGCUCCUUGAAAAAGCUUUUGGAAUCAGCAGCACCAACAUAAUCUCCCCCACUAGAACUCCUGCUGUUAAUGGCCUCUUCAGUCGCCAUCUUCUUCAGCCAUUACCAUUUUCACCUUUCCGAUCUUUUUGCGGCAAUCAUAUCUCAAAUUUCAACUCUGUCUCCCUUCAGAUGAUCAACUACGCUCUUGGCCUUGCUCGCUCCCAGAAAACUGAAGCAGCGUAUGCAGAAGCCUUGUUGGUACUAGAGCAGGGUCUAACAAGUCAAUCACAAGAAGGAACAGAGGCCACAGAAAAUACCAAGGGGGUCGUUUUACUAGCUAUUUCUAGUUUAUUGUCUGAAAGGGGGAAUACUGAUGAAGCUAUGCGAGCCUUGCUGAUGAUACAGGAUUUAAGUUGCUCCUCUGUUGGAGUAAGAGUUGCUGCAAUGGAAGCACUUAUUGGGCUCAAUCUGGAACUUGGUUUGGAUGAUACCUCAUCAGUUCUCGCAGACAAAUGUUUGAAAUUAUUGGAGCAUGAAGACAUGGAGAUAGGUGAUGAAUAUGGUCGCAAAGUCUUUAGUGCACGUUCUAAAGCUAUUAAAGGCUUGGUUGAGCUAGUUCAUGGCGAUAUGGAAUCAGCCAAGGGCUUCUUUGAAGGAUGUCAAACUGAAAGCUGCAUAGGCAAUGCGUCUUUGUCAUAUGGAGUAUUCUUGCAUGCCAAGCGGGACUUUAAUGCGGCAAAGGAGUUGUAUCAGAAGGUGAUUGCUGAAUCGUCUGAGAAGAAGGAUUUCAGUGAUCCACAUGACUUUGGGGCAUGCAAUAUGUCACCUGAAGAAGUUCUGUUGGCAGCCAUGUGUGCUUUAGGGCAGCUUGAGUCACAUCUGGGAAAUUUUGGUGAUGCAGAGGAGAUAAUGACGAGGGCACUGAAGAAAACAGAAGAACUUUUUGGCACACACCACCCUAAAGUUGGAACAGUCUUAACGUGCAUAGCUCUCAUGUAUCGACAGAAAGCAACUGCAGAACGCUCAAGUUCUCUUUUGAUACAAGAGGGGCUUUACAGGAAGGUUAUAGAUUUGCUAAAGGCUCCUGCAUUAGAGACAGAUGAUGCGAAGGCAGAUGUGGAGCAUGUUCGAGAAAACGUGGAUAGGAGGGAUAUAGUUGCCCUUGCCAGAGGAGGGUAUGGCGAAGUACUUUGUGUCCAGCAAAACAGAAAUGCUGAAGGAGAAAGAAUGAAGAGAUGGGCAGAGGAUUGGUGGAGAAAUCGUCGGCUAUCACUGGCUGAAGCACUUGAUAUAUCCGAGUCUUCGAAAGUCCUGGUAGUUGAUACUCGGAUAUGCAGAGCUCUUUAGAUCCUGUAAUUUCCUUGUCUAUUACUGGUCCUAUGCAUCUCUUGAUACUGUACAAAUAGAUCUAGCGACUAAUUUUGCCUUGCUGCCUGAUUUGUACUAUUCUGACUGUGGCAUCUUUCUUUUGCUGUUAAUUGCCCUCCGGAUAUAGAUGAAAACUAGGAUUGAGUGGGUAAGCUUUGUGGAGUUCUAUAGUUGUUCUGUUGAAUAAUAUGUUGUAUCUAUAGUCUAUUAACUAUAGAAAUACAAAAUGGAUUUCCAACAUUACAUACAAGUGCAUGUUAAAGGGGUUUGGCAUACUUCCUCUAUUUCUUUUACA